AUGGAUGUGUUUGACUCGCGGCAUCCAUUUACACCUCCUACCAUUGUACUAAAGCAUCUGGACGACGAAAUUCUCCAUGCCUCCGACGUGAAACGCCUCACAUACCAAGAAGUGAAAUACGUUGCUAGAAAGGUCCUGGAAGCGCUCUCCGUUUUACAUGAAGAGGGUUUCGUCCACACUGAUAUCAAACCCAGCAAUGUGUUGGUAAACUAUGGUAAAAAGGAUGGCAACUGCUUCGCAGAAGUCCAACUGGCCGACUUUGGGAGCACCGUUCAUAAGGAUUCCAGCCAUACGCGAGAUGGCGGCCCUAUUGGAACACCCAUCUUCAGAAGCCCAGAAGCAUAUUUGUCCAUAAGUCGGGUCACUACAACUGAUAUCUGGUCAUUGGGGGCAAUGGUGAUAAGUUUACUGUACGGGGGAGGAUUUCACAUCUUCAAAAUCAAUGUCCCAAUUGACCAUGAGGGCUAUGAGAUCAAAAUCCUCUUGAAGCAUUAUCAGUGUUUUGGCCCGCUUCCAAAAUCCUAUGUAGAGAUUGCAGAUCAUACAAGGCUUCAAGCAAUAAUGUGGGUGAUGGACAAUUGUCCUCCUGACACAUUGAAACCUUUCCACCUCACUACUGCCCGAAAGAUUUGUCAGGAGGACAAGGAGUUUGUUUUGAAAAUGAUGAAGCUCGAUUCACGAGGCCAACUGCCCAGGAACUUCAUCAAAUAUAGUCGAGUUGAGUUGUCCUGA